AUGUGCCAGAUGGCGUCAUCGCCUGCCAGGUCGGCCGGUGAAGGCACAUCAGUCUCCUUCGUGGCAGGUGCUCCUCCUUCAGCUGGGUUGCUGGGAAUACCCCCCGCCGCCUCCGCCUCCCCGGUUUGGGGUUCAGGGUUGUUCCUCCUCCUGGGUGCCUCCUCGUCUUCCAACGAGAUUUCUUCCGAGGGACCAGUCCUCACGGGGAUUUCCGAUCUGGGUGGUUGGUUGCGCCCUCCCCUUCCGCCUCUCAUCCCCCCGCGCAAAACCCCUCGUUGUCCCCGCCCAGCCGCUCCCGCCGUUUCCGCCGCUCCGUUGCCACCGCGGCCCGCUGGCAUCCACGGCGUGCGGCCACCCCGUGGUGGUCCCCAGGUUAUCGCUCCCAGCCGUGCCGACCGCCUGGUCCCUACAGCCGCUGCCGCUACGUUCGUGCCUGCUGCUGCCGCUGUUGUACUUGUCACCGCCGGCGCCUCAUUGGUGGCGCGGACUUGGUUUCCCGGCGCCUGCGUCGGCGCAGCCUGCGUCGUUGUCUGCCCGGUGGAAUUCGCCACAGACGCUCCGACGUGA